AACAGCCAAGACCAACAGGUACAUGGAGCAUAGAGAAAAACAGGUAACAAGACAGCUAACGUUAGACCGCGAAUGUUUUGAUUUUGUAAUUUAAUAAAUGCUAAGGAAGGUAUGUACCAAUCAUUGGUUAUUAGGACUUACUAAAACCGUAAUUAAAGGAGCUAAAUUCACAAAAAUGCCAUUUUACGCUGUGGCAAAGGGCCGCACUGCAGGUAUUUAUAUGAAUUGGCCCGAUUGUGAGUCUCAAGUUAAGGGUUACCCUGGGGCAAGAUAUAAAAAAUUUGAUAACAUCGUUGCUGCUCAAGAUUUUAUAACAACAGAAGGAGGUAACAAAACUUCUCAAAAGACGAGACCUGUACCGAGCCGCUCCAGUUUCAAUAAUACGAGUACUACUCUAAAAAGAUCUUUUUCCACAUCAUCAAAUAGUCAAAAUAGUGGCAUACCAAAGAAAAAAACGAAAUCUAAGCGAAAAUCAUCUGAAAGUGAUAAUAGUGAAAGUUCAGAUGAUUCCGAUGGUCUGAAUACCAUUUUGAUUAAACAGAUGGAUGACAUUGAAAAGAGACUCAAAGGUUUUGAAAAAGGUGUCGAUAAGAUAAUUAAAAGCAGUAAAUCUAGUACAAAAACUAUUCUAAUUGAGCCUCAAGAAGUAAGGUCGAGUAAUUUAAGCAAAGAAAAUUUUGAAACAGAUGAUGAUGGUUAUGUGAAAGUUUAUACAGAUGGAGCCUGCUCAUCCAACGGUCGAAAUGGCGCAAAAGCAGGAUUGGGUGUUUACUGGGGCGACGGACAUCCAAUGAAUAUCAGUGAGCCAGUCUCAGGCCGUGCUACAAACAAUUGUGGGGAAAUUCAAGCUGCCAGUCGUGCUAUUGAGCAGGCAAUUAACAGUGGAGUUACAAAACUAGCCAUUAAUACUGAUUCGAAGUUUCUAAUAAAUUCUGUGACCAAAUGGAUGCCUGGUUGGAAACGAAAAGGUUGGAAACUUCAGUCAGGCGAGCCAGUGAAGAAUGAAAUAGAUUUUAAGGAACUUGAUAAUCUUCAAAAAAAAAUAAAUAUUAAGUGGAAUUAUGUAGAAGCUCACCGCGGCAUACACGGGAAUGAAAUGGCUGACCAGCUUGCUAAAGCAGGAGCUGCUAGGUACAGUAAAUAAUUUAAAAACAAUUUUUAGCCUGUAUUGUAAACAAAUGUUAGGACAUAAUAUGUAUUAAUUAAACUAUGUGAAGUCACAAGACAAAACAGUUUGGUCUUUUUUUGUAAUUAAUUUUGAUAAUUAAUAUUAUAGAUGAGGGGUCAAACUUAAUUUUCAGAGGGCCACAAAUUAAAUUUAGAAUGUGUAGGUGGACCAGAUUCAAAUAAAAAAAUGUAGUUUGCACAUUCUAAAAUUUCCUUAGAGGAAUCAAGUGGUCAUUAUUCUUUCUCUGACACAUUGCGAUCGCUGGCCAUAUUUUUAACAUCCCUGUUAUAGAGUUCUCGAUUUAUUAUCAUUAUUAUAAAUAGCUUUUGACUAGCUACUUGUCUGUACGUACAUGAUUUAAUAAUGAAAAAAAUAAUGAUUUUGUGUUUCCAUAAUUUUCUUUUUCUAAAUUAAUUUAUUUAAUACAGUUACCUCAAAACUCAAUAUUUACUAUAUAACAAUUCCUCCUUUUUCCAAUAAUCUUCUCUCCUUAACUUUUAUCUAAUUUUUAAAGCCUUGUUAAUCUCACCAUAUUUUAUACUUAUUUUUUCGUUAAUAUUCAUUAUAAUUGAAAUGUGUUUAGAACUGCAGGUCAGUUUUAAAAAUUCUAAAUAUUGGCAUGUUUAAGCUGUACAGCUCAAAACAACAGCAAUUGUAUAAUAUUUACCUACUUAUUAAAAGUUUUCUUAGUUUUCAGUAAUUACAAUUUAAUAAUUAUUCAAAUCAAUAAUUUGGAUUACCAAAUAUAAGCCAUAAUAAUAAUCAUGGACUAUCUAAAUAUCUUUUUUAUUGAUUUCUUAGAUUGAUUUUGUCACUAUUUUUAAGUGGAGUUUAUACAGUUUUUUUUUUUACUCAAUUAUUAUUAAAAAUAAUUAUGAACUAAACAUGUUCUGUGAUAAAUAUAAAAUUGUAAUAAUGAAGACUAUGAAUAAAAGUAUCACGACCA